AUGGUGGAUGCUAAAAAUAGACUCAACAAAAUCGAUACCUGUCUUAGAAGCAUUGAUAAACAAAGUUAUAAUAUUCUGAAGGCCUCAGCUGACAACAUCAAAAUCCUGGUUAGUAAGCUCGAGAAUGAGAAGGGAUCCCUAGAGCAGGAACCUAACAUGGAGGGCAUGGAAGAUCCCGCAGAGCCCAUGCCAUCGUUUGAGGAUGAUAGAGCACCACGACAGGGGAGGAGGAGGAGAUUAGGCAGGGGUGGCAGAGAUGGUAGGGGAGUUGGAGGAGGUCGAGGUGGGAGAGGUGGAUUUGGAUGUGGAGCAGGUGGAGGAGGGUGGUUACAGAGGAGAGGCAGAGGUGGGAAGCCUUUACGAUUGCCACAGGGUCGGCUGAUAUAG